UUAUUAUUAGUCGUUUGACUUGUUUGGAACUUGCUGUCUAUUGUGCUGUGUCUAAACAAUCUAAUCUAAUUCUCAGUGUUGUGUGUAUUUUAGGCACGGUUGGUCACUUACGCACUUAUCAAUAUAUAACAAAUAUCUAAGCUGACAAAUGAUUAGAAAUAUAUUUUCUAGAUUGUGGUAACUAGUACAUCAACUAUUUGUAUCGUGAGUUGUUGUGUUUGUUACAGUGCAAAGGAAAAUUUUAUAAGAGGUACUUAUUAUGGAAGUGAGUUAAAAGUCAAGAGUGUUAGUGAACUUGAACGAUUCUGAGUUAUUCUUACCGUGAUUUACGUGUAAAUUAAGAAGUUUUGGUUGUAAAUGAUAAUCCUUGAAGAUAAUUUAAAAGACGAAAUAUGGAGUGGGUUCUCAGCAGUCCACAGAUCCAUAGCAUAUUCAGCAAUCUUGGCUUUAUGCACGCAGAUGGAUAUCACGUAAAUGACAACUGUAAUGCUGCCCUAGAAACUAUUUUAAAUAAUAUUUUAACUGAAGACAAGUAUUUACGGACAUACCGCAGGAGCAUCAGUUGCGGGCAAAACAUAAAAAAAGACUUAAUACCUCUUUUGAUCCACGCUAAGGAAGAGAAAACUAUAGAACUACUAGUGAGAAUACUAGUCAAUUUGUCAAUACCCAUAGAGUGCUUGCUAUCAGUUGAAGUAACAUCGCAAUCAGAUUUUGGUUUGCAUACAGUAUUUGAAAUAAACCAGCUACUGACCGCCACUAAAGUGGCCUUUACUGGUCCACAAGCAACAAAAGUAGUUGUAGAUUUUUUAAAGAAAAAUGUGUAUCCUGAUCAACCAAAAGUGUCACCGGCACAAUGUACAAAUAUAAGUAAUAGUCUUUUGUUAUUGAGAAACAUACUGCAUAUACCAGAGGACGUUAAAAGUCCUAUUUCAGGCAACAAUGGAUCUGGCCACGCCGUGCAAAAUCAGAUUCUCUGGAACAUGUUUAGCCAAAGCGUUGAUAAAGUACUUAUUAAGCUAAUGAUUAUACCGGAAGCGACUAAUUGGGGAGUUACAAUGGUACAACUUAUAGCAUUGAUGUAUAAAGAUCAGCAUGUUAUUACAUUGCACAAACUGCUCAAUAUGUGGCUAGAAUCUUGUAAUUCUGAGAGUUCAGAAGACAAUGAAAGUAACACUUCUCCACCGGAUAGAGGUAGUGAAGAUUCGUCACCUAUGAUGACAUCAGAUCCGACGUCUGAUUCGUCGGAUACAGGUGGUAGCGGAAAAAGUAACGAUGAACCAAACUCGGAGACAAAUGUGUGGGGAACUUCCGAAAACAAUACAAUGAAAGAUGAGAAUCAACAGUUUCAGCCUCCGUUACCUGAUGAGAAUGACAUUCACAUGAGGGACCAAGACGCAUCGACUGGCGAUGAAAAUAUGAAGUCUGAUAAUGAUAAUGAAGAAAAAGUGGUGUUCGAAGAUUUACCAACCGAGCCAAGUAAUCAACAGCCAUCAAAGACUGAGAAGAAAGGGAAGGGGAUGAUAUCUGAAAAUUCUGAUUGCGGAUAUGGAACGCAAAUCGAAAAUCAAGAGUCCAUUUCUACUUCAAGCAACGAUGACGAGAUGCCUUUGAAAAAACGAGUUCAUCAAAAACCACACAAUCCUAAACAAAGAGUGAACACCAAGGCACGUACUGGUGUUACAUUACAAGAGAGAAGGCGUAAGAAGAUAUCUAAAAGGGGUAAAGCGAACAUUGAAAAUCUUAUUCGUUAUUUCAGCACAAACGUACAAGGGCUCACUCAUCAAACUCCAACAGAUGAUGACAUAUCCUAUGUACUUAAAGAAUUUACUGUUGACUUUUUACUCAAAGGUUACAAUUCUUUAGUACAAACACUACAUAGUCAAAUCCUCACAAACGUAUUAUUGGAAAUUGAUACGUCACAUUUUUUCUGGUUAGUGACUUAUUUUCUGAAGUUUGCGACCCAAAUCGAGUUGGAUAUAGAACAAAUUUCCGGUGUGAUAUCCUUUGAUAUAGUAUCGUAUUUGACUGCUGAGGGUGUCAAUUUAUGUGAACAAUUUGAACUGGCUGUUAAGCUAGACAGAAAUAACUUGAAGCCAAGUAGCAGGCGUCUUCAUCUGGUUGUUACAGCAAUCAGAGAGUUUGUACAAGCUAUUGAAGUGUACCAAAAGAUUCCGCAUAUUUGUGCCGCUGAUAAAGACGCCCUUAUAAAAUUACAAAACAAAAUGUGCGAAACCAAUGAAUUGAGGUCACUCUUAGUGCUGCUGUUGCGUCACUAUAAUCCGAAAUACCAUUCCAAGCAGUAUUUACAGGACCUCGUUGUAACAAACCACAUACUGCUGACAUUUUUGGAUAACGCUAUAAGGAAUCCGAGCUACUUGGGUUCUACCGACAUUGUAGAACACAUUAAACAGUUCGCGACCCCUGAAAUAAUGUACCAAUACGGGCUAUUGCUAGAAGACUACGCUGUGAACGGGGCGUUCAUCAACGACUGCGUGUUCACGAUCAUGCACCACGUGGGAGGGGAGCUGGACAGUUUGAUCAGUUUAUAUCAACCUAAGAUAUUGAAGACGUUCACUUCUAUUUGGAAGUCUGAAUUUGAAAUUUGCGACGAUUGGUCUGAUUUAAUAGAAUACGUGAUAAACACAUUCAUAAAGAAGCCGCACGCGCUGUUAACUAUUGACAAUUUUAGGAUGGACACACAGAUAUUUGACGACAAGAAAGUCCUAACCGAACACCAAGCAGUUGUUGCGUCUGCAAAGAAAGAUCUCCAGCCUGCGGCCGAAGCGGGGAGGAAAAAGUCCGUACACAGCAGUGCGAGCCAGUCAUCUAAAAAAAGGUGGACUGAAGAUGAACUGUCUACUUUAAAUUGGAAUUAUCUGCAAUGCAACACUCAUCCGGAUGUCAUUGGCGAAAUGUUAAGACGCCUUAAAGAAGACGGCACAGUUAAGUCUCGAGAUUCUGUGAUCAGAGAAUUAUACAAACAAAAUAUAAUAAACAAAGAGGAAUAUGAAAAACUGUCUAAGUUUGAAGUUAAGACCGAUAAGGGCGUUAAGAUAAACAAAGAAAUGAGGGAUGUCGAGAUCGGAAAGCUUUGUGAGCAACUAAGACAAGACGGAAAAACGAAAUGCUUUGACUGGGUUCAACAAGUUUUACUUGAAACUUGUUACGCAAAAUUGCAAAUCGAGAAGAGGUACCGUAGCGAAUGCAGCAGGACCGCGGAUCAAACGGGUAUCCAUCAAUUCAAGUUGUUUAAUCAAGGGUUUAAUUCGCCAGUGAUGUCUCCUGUGUCAUAUCACGCUCUACUUCUUAAUCAGUCUGUACCCCUGGUACCGUGGAAUUGUGAACAAGCUGCCAUGUGCAAGGACUUGAAGUUUUUGCAACUACUACAUAAAUUGGGAUUCCAAAUGCCGGUUGACACCGGCAAAGUAUUUAUAAGGAUACCGCACGUCUGGUCAGCUGGUGUCUUGUACGAAGUGGCUGGCAGAGUCGCUGUUAUUGACACAACAAAAUUAAAAUUCUCCGUCACCGAUAUAACUAGUAGCGGGUCUAAGAACGCUAUGCAGCAGUGCAACUCGCCGCUCUCAACGCUCACCAAGGACGUCACAUCGAUGAGCGCCGCGCCAGAGAACUUCUAUCAGAUACACAAACAGAAACACAUCGCUGCUAUUAUGAAUUUCACGCCCAGGCCGGGUUCGUCGUUCAACACGGAUGUUCAAAACGAAAGCAAACGUUGUUGGUUGGAAGUGGUACAACAGUCUCAAGACCUUAAAUUGACUUGUACCGUGGGAAGUGUCCUGGAAGACGUGGAGGAGCUAGCGAAGUCGAAGGCACCUUCGAGACCGGCGGUGCAGCCGGCGGCGGCCGCGCCCGCCCGGCGCGACGUCUCCCAAGCUCCUUGCUCCCUGCCUCCCAAGGACUUCAUCGCUCAGCUCUCGGAGUUGGAGGAUAACAACAGCGUCAGCGAAACGGCAUCGGUCGCAUCAGACCUAACUCGCAUGUACGUUUCGGACGAAGAGGAGAAACUGGAGAUAGCGCUACGGCCGAGCGUGGCGGCGAACGCCCCCGGCGACGGCGACGGCUGCGCCGGCCGCGCCGGCCGCGCCGAGCGCUCCGCCGCCGAGCGGCCCUCCGUCUACGCUCCCACUUUCUGAACUCAACCUUACGCAAUUUCUCACAUUCUACUACGUCUAUUGCCGGAGCUUAGAUUAAGUACCUCUAAUAUUCACUAUGUGCACGAUUUCGACAGUUGCGUUUUAACAGAUUUUGUGUUACAUAUAUUUUCGCCUUGAAUUGUGAGUCGCAAUUUGCAAAAACAAACUAAUUUUAGUAAAACGUGAUACGGAGCCACUUUUAAAAUGUUAAUUCAUCGCUCACCGAGUUAAAUAGCGUAGGUAGUGUUGUAAAACCGGCACCUUGCCUGACAGACAGGGUACUCGAUAAAUUAGGCCUUGGUGCUUGGGUUCUUGGUGUAAUACGGCCUUAAUUUUAUCUGACAGAUUUGCGGCCGUAGACAUUAUAAUUUGAACUCGUUUGGGCUUGUCAAAAUAUUUAUAUAAAGACAAAUAUCGAGCAAGUAGGUAUAUUUUUGUUUAAUAUUUAUUCCCAUGUUCUCGCAAAACACUACAACUUCGUAAAAGAUCUAGCCCUUUAAUUUAAUAGGAAACUAGAUCUUGUAGUAUCUCACAGACGAAGUGAUUAGUGUACCUAUUUUAGUAGAAAAAGGCGCAAUAUUCUAAUUUUCUAUGGAAGGACAACCCUUUGCGCCAACAUUAUUUAAAUUUGCCGUCUUUUUCUACUGACGGAAAUGGCUGGCUCAACUACGAGUACAUGUAUUCCUUAACUCAGGUAAUCAACCCCUGUCCAAAUGUUUGAAACUUUAGGGCAGGGGUUGGCAACUUAAUUAAAUAAUUAAUUUUUAUUCUUGCAAAGGUGGUAUUUCUAGCGGGAGUUAUAGUUGUAGCUUAUUUUAUUUCCUAGGGAGUUAUUGAUUUUUACUGUCACUAAGUCAUAUGAAUUAAGAAGUUUAUAAGUUAUAAGCCUAAAUUUGCUAGCCAAAAAACAAUCGUUAUACAAAUAAGAAUUUUAUUUUGAUAGGGUUCAGACGCAGUAUGGCGUUCGAAGUGUUGGACUCAAGUGAUUAAAAUUAAGGUAAAAAUGGGGAUUACAUUAACAAUACUGAUGUAUCUUAUUUUAAUAAGUAUUUGUUUAACAGUUUAGUAACAGUUAAUUUUAAUGAUUAACAGCUUUUUUAAAUGUUUUUACACAAGAUUUAUACCGCAUGGGUCUCUCCUUUCUUGCCUUUCCUUCAAACAAUGAACAAAAUGCCGAGCGUUACCUAUAAUCUUGCUGUAAUUCACAUUAAUUUCGCUUAAAUAUUUUUUUCUUAUCAAGUGUUCAAAUUUUAAACGUUAGUGAUAAAAACCCUCUGCCCUCAGGGCAUUCGCCUUCUAAUAUUGAGUUUCAUUAACAAUUUUGACCAUCAUUGCAUAAUGAAUACUUACAAGUAACUGAAUCCUAUAAAAGUUUAAACUGAGCAAUUGUUGAUACACAUAAAGAGAGAACUCACGUUUAUCUAUUUUGUUGUGUGAAUGUUUGGUGAUAUAUAAUACAUUCUUAAUUUGACCAGGAAAAAAAUAUAUUCAUAACUUUGAUUUGCCCACCUAACAUAAUAUAGCACAUAACUUAUAGGAAUGAUAAUUUUAAAGUAGCAGGUAAGAUUAAUAAUGUUUUUCGAUGUUUGGGUGUUGUUAAAUGUUCUUGUGUUAAAUUUAUUUUUAAGUUCGCUACAGCAUUAUAUGAUAAAUACCUAAUGGUCAAUUUUAAUAAAUUUGAUGUAAUUCGUUUCAUAAUAA